AUGGCAAUUCUCCUUGUCUCGUCUUCUCUGCGCAACGCCGUUGCAUUCAUUGGCAAGCCUUUCAUUGUUUUUCUCAGCCAAGUCGUUCCCUUUCCCACUUCCCUCGAUCCACCUGCCAAUUCCGCUCCUGCUUACCUUUCCACUCCGCCCGUCACCUCCCCCUUCACACUUUCGAUUCUCCAGGGCUCGGCGGCGAAGCAGCGAGCAGCAGCGCUGGCAGCGGCGGCGAGGGACCGCCUGUUGGGUCGAAGGCGCUCCCUGGGGUCUUCCCCGAUGUCAACCCGGCGUGCAUCGCCGCGGGACAGACGGAGUCAGGCAGGACGGCAGCACCGGCUGGCGCACAAGCAGCAGGGGCAGCACAAGGCGCAGCAGCGCGUGCGGGGAAGCCGGUCACAGCAGCGGAUCGAGGCGCGGCAAGGCACGUCGUCCGCGCAGCUCACCACUUCCUCGCAGCCUCUCUCGGGGGUUACCACGCUGAGGCUACCCCUUACGACGCCGUGCGACGACGACGACAAGGCGCAGCUGCCGUGCGAGUCGGUCGCAGCACUCCCAGCGAUGCCGUACGAGAGAGCCGCGGGUGGCGCGAGCGAAGCGGGCGUGGCGAGCUGCAGGAGCGACAGCGAAAGCAGUAGCAGCAACGGCGGCGGUGGCGGCGGUGGCGCGUCCAUCGGCCGUGUUCACGACGUCGUGGGCAGCGAGCGGGGCAGCAGCGCCCGCGCGGACGACGCCAGUCGGUCGUUCAGCGGCAGGAAGAGGCCCGCGGGGGAAGGCGCUUCACCAGCGGAGCGGGCGGCAGACGAAGCGCACAUCUGCCGAGAGCGGGCGCGCGGAGAGCCGUCGUGUGUGCAGGCGGAAGCGCACAUGGGCGGUAACGUUGCGAGGGGCGAGGAGGAGCGCCGUGGGGAUGCGAGUCGCGGCAAGGCGAUGGCCGUGGAUGACGCGUUGACGAUGACGAGAGGUGCGGCGUCUGCUGCGAGCCACGGCCCCUCCGACCUCACCAAGCAACCCGUGCGAGGGCAAGCCGUCUCAUUGCCGCAGCAGGCGAGCAGAGCGGCCCCGGGGAAAGGGGGACAUCGAGGGACGACGGUGCGGGACAUCGACUCGUCGUCGGAUCCGCAGCUGUGCGGGCGAUACGUGGCGGACAUCUAUGGCCACCUCCGCGCCGCCGAGCAGCGCAGCCAGCCGCGCGCGGACUACAUGGAGGCGGUGCAGAAGGACGUGAACAGCGGCAUGCGCACCAUCCUCGUCGACUGGCUCGUUGAGGUGGCAGAGGAGUACAAGCUGGUACCGGAUACGCUCUACCUCACGUGCGCCUACCUGGACAGCUACCUCUCCGCCCACACUGUGCCACGCAGCCAGCUGCAGCUGCUCGGCAUCUCCUGCAUGCUCAUCGCCUCCAAAUUUGAGGAGAUCUAUGCGCCACAGGUGGACGAGUUCUGCUACAUCACCGACAACACGUACACCCGCCUCGAGGUGUUGCAGAUGGAGAGCCGAGUGCUGAACCAUCUGGCGUUCGACCUGAGCAAGCCCACCAUCAAGAGCUUCCUCAGGAGGUACAUUCGAGUCGCCCAAGCCAGCCUCAAGGACCCCUCGCUCAAGCUGGAGUUUCUGAGCAAUUUCUUCUCAGAGCUAGCCCUCACAGACUACUCCUGCCUGCGCUUCAAGCCCUCGUGCCUUGCUGCCUCCGCCGUCCUCCUCGCCAAGCUCACUCUCUUCCCAACCCUGCCUCCCUGGACCGCUGCUCUGGCGGCUUGUUCGGGGUAUGCGUGUGCUGACCUGCGGGAGUGUGUAGCAUGCCUGCAUGCACUGCAUUCCUCCAACGGACGCGCACCGCCCACUGCCGUGCACCAGAAGUAUUGUCAGGCCAAGUUCAUGGCUGUCGCCUCCAUCCCCCUGCCCGCACUACCACCAGAGCCCCACUCCUCACGUCACUCCCCAGCCCACUAG